GCUGAGUAUUUAAACUAGGUGAGUGGGGGGAGGAUAAUAAAGCAAAGAAAGCAGACAGUGGGAUGGAUAGGUUAGAGAGGGGUCAGGACAUAAUGGAGGGUGGAGAGGAGUCCUGUGGGGGGAGGUUAAGAGCAGUGGAUAAGGAGAUUCAUGCGUUACAAACCAGCUGUAAAAAUAAAUGUAGCCCGAAAAAUUGUAAUCCCAAUAAUUCAAAAAAUUCCAUUAGCCCCAAUAACUCAAUAACUACAAUAAGCCCCAUUAACUCAAAAAAAUACCGUUAGCCCCAAUAACUUAAAUAACAACGUUAGACGCAAUAACGCAAAAAAUCCCAUUAGCCCCAAUAACUUAAAUAAUAACGUUAGACCCAAUAACUCAAAAAAUCCCAUUAGCCCCAAUAACUUAAAUAGUACAAUUAGCCCUUAUAACUCAAAAAAUGACAUUAACCCCAAUAACUCUGAAAAUCCCAUUAGUGAGACUAUAUGUGUAAAACUUAAUGGAAAUGUAAAGUGUAUGUUCACAAAUGCCAGAAGCCUAGCAAAUAAAAUGGGGGAGCUUGAGGCCUUGAUACUGGAGGAACAUAUUGAUAUAGUUGGGGUCACUGAGACAUGGCUGGACUCCUCGCAUGACUGGGCUGUUAAUCUCCAGGGGUUUACAUUGUUUCGCAAGGAUAGAAUGAACAGAAAAGGUGGUGGAGUCUGUCUGUAUGUUAGAAGUAGUAUGAAAGUCAGUGUGAACGAUGCCAUAGUGUGUGAUGAUUCUGAGGAUGUGGAAUCACUGUGGGUAGAAUUACAAAAGGAGGGAAAUACUGAAAAAAUAAUAUUUGGUGUAAUCUACAGACCCCCUAAUAUCACUGAAGAGAUAGAAGGUCGGCUGUAUAAACAAAUAGAGAGGGCCGCCCGGGCAGGUACAGUGGUAAUAAUGGGAGAUUUUAACUAUCCAGAUAUAGAUUGGGGCCGGGGGUUGGCUAAAACUACAAAGGGGAGAAAAUUCCUAAAUUUAUUGCAGGAUAAUUUUAUGGGCCAGUUUGUGGAGGACCCAACAAGAUGUGAUGCCUUGUUGGAUCUGAUCAUUUCCAACAAAGCAGAGCUGGUUGGUAAUGUAACUGUGCGGGAAAACCUUGGUAAUAGCGCCCACAAUAUAGUUACUUUUGACUUAAAAUGUAGAAAACAAAGACAGACGGGGAAAGCAAAAACAUAUAACUUUAAAAAGGCAAACUUCCCUGGGUUGAGGGCUGCACUACAGGACAUAGACUGGGGGGAGGUGUUCUCAAAUGCUGAUACAGAAGGUAAAUGGGACAUCUUUAAAUCAACUCUAAAUAACUAUACAGCUAAAUAUAUACCAAAGGGGAACAAAUAUAAACGAUUAAAACUAAAUCCUACAUGGCUGACAAAUGAGGUUAAAAGAGCAAUAAACAACAAAAAAAUAGCCUUCAAAAAAUACAAAUCUGAUGGGUCAGCGAUAACAUUUAAACAGUACAAAGAGCUUAAUAAAAUCUGUAAAAAUGUAAUAAAAACAGCAAAAAUUCAAAAUGAGAGACAGGUGGCCAAAGAAAGCAAAACUAAUCCUAAAUAUUUUUUUUAGAUAUAUAAAUACAAAAAAAACAAGGACAGAGCAUGUAGGACCCCUUAAUAAUGAUAAUGGGGAGGUUGUCACGGGCGAUCAAGAGAAGGCGGAGCUACUGAAUGGGUUCUUUAGUUCUGUAUAUACUAUGGAAGAAGGAGCUGACAUUGGCCAGGUCAGUGCUGGUAACACAUCAUAUAAUGUAUUGAACUGGCUUAAUGUAGAGAUGGUACAAGGUAAGUUAAGUAAAGUAAAUGUAAGCAAAUCUCCAGGGCCGGAUGGACUACACCCAAGAGUUCUUAGAGAGGUAAGUUCAGUAAUAUCUGUACCCUUGUUCAUGAGAUUUAGAGAUUCUCUGGUGUCUGGUAUUGUGCCAAGGGACUGGCGCAAGGCUAAUGUGGUACCAAUCUUCAAGAAGGGCUCUAGGUCUUCGCCAGGCAAUUAUAGACCGGUGAGUAGAAGCCUUGACAGAGGAAUGGCUGUG